AUGGACAAAGCCCAAGGGUGCGUUCACACCCUUAUUCAUUGCUCGUUCCCCGGAGCAUUUAACGUUUCUGCCAUUGUUAUUGGUGGUACAGUAAAAGCAAUGGUUUAUGAAAGGGACAAUAUUCAAAAGAAGACCUUCACAAAGUGGGUCAACAAGCACCUUAAAAAGGCAAAGCGACAGGUGAGGGACUUGUUUGAAGAUCUGAAAGAUGGCCACAAUCUUAUUGCUCUCCUAGAAGUCUUGGGCCAAGAAAGAAUUCAAAGAGAAAGGGGUCCAUUGCGGAUACACAAACUCCAAAAUGUUGAGAAUGCUCUUGCCUUUCUUAGGAAAAGAAAAAUUAAAUUAGUAAACAUUAGGAAUGAAGAUAUCGUGGAUGGCAAUCCCAAACUCAUCCUCGGUCUCAUUUGGACAAUCAUCCUCCAUUUCCAGGUAAGGUGGUGGUGAUGGUUGUGAUGGUGGUGGUGAUGAUGUUGGUGA